AUGGGUCAAAAAAUGGCUACAGCUAUCGAAGAAAAUAACAUCCACGUCAUCAGAGAGAUGCUGGCCAACGGAUUUCCGAUCGCCUCGCCGCUUUCUGGCCCGAACUAUGAACCCCCAAAAUCGCCCAAAACGGCAUUUCGUCUGGCUGCGGACCUUGGGCGUGAAGAGGUAUUGCUAUGUAUCCUGGAGUACGAGUCGUCGCUUCAAGUUCUCGCUUCCGUUCCCAGCACUACACCUCUUGUGCUUGAUGUCCGAUGUAACGCCGUGUUACUCGAGGCUGGGGCGUCGGCCAAUCAAGGAGACCGUGGGCCAUGCAUGCUCGCUCAUUACAUUGCUCAGCCCUGCUUGGCUGGUGUUGCAUUGCUGCUCAAACAUAAUGUUCGGGUGACAACUUCGCAUCUGGACCAGGCCGGUCAAGAAACUUUGUCAAGUCCAAAUUCAUCCGUCCGCAGAGGGAUCUUCAAGUGCUUACUUUGGGGACCCGAAAACUGUGUGGCCAAAAACAUCGUCGAAGAAGUUCUCGCGUCAACGUGGCCCAAAGCACUCAAGCUUCAGCAAUAUGAACUGGUCGAGCUCUUGCUUGUCCGUGGGGCCAGACUGUAUCAGUCUGCGGGAUUUCAAUUCAACUGUGGCAUGAUUGAUGCAUCCAAUCGUGGCGACUAUCGAAUGGUGAAUCUCCUACUUCGCCAUGGAUUCGAUGUCAUAUCACACGCCGGCCUCUCCGCCAGUAGUCUAGCCGUUGGGAAUGGCUAUGAUCGACUAACGAGGCUUCUCGUCACGAGUGGGGUCGACGUCGGUCAUGCUGAAGGUACGUCGCUGUACACCGCGGUUAGCUCUGGCGACCUGCAAAUCGUUCAAAUCCUAUUGCAAAAACCCACGGCGGUCAGCAGGAGAUCCAGUCUCGGGCGAUGUGUUAGAAAUGCCUUAAACCUUGCAAGUUGGCGCCUCAUCUGUAGCGUAGACUCAAGCGCAUCUCAGGACAUAGAUAUGAGGCGAGAGAUGGUAUACCUCUUGGCCGAGACGAAUCGAGCGAGUCAGAGUGAUGUUUCCAAUUGGAAGCCACCACGGUGCUGGGUAGACGUCAUGUUACGUGGAUUCCAUCAAUGGCUUUUGAUGAAACAAGGUGUCCGCGAAGUGCUAUGA